AUGAAUCCGCCCGCGGAGAGAGCAUAUGAGACGCUGAAGACGGAACUAAUAAAACGCCUUAGCCUAUCCCAGGAGCAUAAAACGCGUAGACUCCUGGAGCAUGAAGAAAUCGGCGAUAGGAAACCGUCGCAAUUUUUACGACACCUUCGCGGACUUGCCGGAAGCGUGGUUGGCGACGGCUUGUUGCGGACGGUAUGGCUGAGUCGAUUGCCGGCGUACAUUCAGCCACAUUUAGUGACACGCACAGCAGACACACUUGAGCAGCUGGCGGACAUGGCGGAUGCGAUUGUGGAGGCCACCCGGGCGCCCAUGUUUCAAAUCGCGGAGGCUGCGCGAGCCCCGGUACGUCAGGACACGAACGAUGAUGCCUCAAUCGAAGCAAAAUUAGAACUGCGUUUAGCGCAAUUUCGUUUGAGUCUGCAGCAGGAGUUGGCAGAGCAGUUGACGGCGAUCCGAAGAUCGAUCGAAGCGAUCGGUGAGCCGCGUUCUCGCAGAGACGACCGCAGCGACGGUCGACGCCGGAGGCGUUCGUGUUCAAGGUCGCGCCCUCGAGAGCAUGGACAUGCUUCAAACGGACUUUGCUGGUACCAUUGGCGUUAUGGACCAGACGCGCACCGAUGCGAGGCACCUUGUUCGGCAGCGCAGAGAAACAUCACGGCCGGUCGUUAA